CAUUUACAUUUUUCGCCUAUGCUAUGCACAAUUACUACAAGUCAAUAGAGCCGAAGCAGUGGCGUUUAUGGUGAUAGGAACGUUCUUCGUGGUUCUAACGUUAAUAACAUACGUGCGUGUUCUUGUCUCUUAUCCUGGAAAAGCGAUUCAUGCUUCACCACUAUCUUUAUCAGCACCAACGUCAUUCCCGCGUUUCUAUUAUUCGCCUCGGCUACUUGAUCCGAAAAGUAUGCAACGGCGCCAAGAUCUGGAGGAAGCGAACGAAACCACGAGCCUAUUACCCGUAGUAUCUAUCAGCAAAAACGACGGAUUGCCACGUUACUGUGAUUCAUGUCAGUGUUACAAGCCUGACCGUACACAUCAUUGUAAAGAGUGCAACGCGUGCAUAUUGAAAAUGGAUCAUCAUUGUCCAUGGAUCAGCGGCUGCGUGGGUCAUAAAAACUACAAAUUCUUCUUCCUUUUCGUCCUGUAUUGUGCCUUUUAUGCCUUAUGGGUACUUGGUACGACUAUACCCACCGUAGUGGAGGCCAUGAACGAUGAGGGCGCAUCGUUGGACCCACAAUGGAUCGUACUACUUGUGCUGGCUUUUGUAUUUGGAAUGACACUGUGGGGCUUUGCAGGUGUCCAUGGCUACUAUAUCCUCAACAACCAAACGACCAUCGAACACAUUUCUCAACGGCCGAAUGAAGUUCGAAUUGAUUUUGAUACCAGUGGUCAUAAUUUUGAAAUUGUCACGACGCAUCACGACGAUAACUUGUGGGAUCUUGGACAUGAUCGAAACUGGCGUAGUGUGAUGGGAAGAAAUCCGUGGGGCUGGUUCUGUAAGUCUUUCUUUUUGUUCUGGAUGCAAGAUCGAUAGUAAGUGUGUAUGUGUGUUACUAAAAUUCACGACAUGAUGGAAUCAUCAACAAUGAAAACAUUUGUAGUACCAAUCUAUGGUGGUCUCGGC